AUGGUGUCUUCAGCUCAAGUUACCGAUCGCGCUGGGCCGCUCCACAGCGCCCCGUCCGUCGUGUCGCGACAGUCGCACUCGGGCCGACGACAUCGUUCGGGUCGCUCUCACCAUGGCGGCUCUCUCAGUAGCUCGUCCAACGAUUUCCCUGUCUUUACAUACACCGGCGACACCGAGAUCAUCAUUCGCGCCGGGUCGCAAGAGAAACGAUACCUCCUUCACCGGUUGAUUCUGGCGCAAUGCUCGGGGUUCUUCGAAGCGAGCACAAAUGAAGACUGGUCCCGUCAAGAUCCCUCAGCAGUAGGCGCAUCUAAGCCUGACGGGACUCUGUCUCGACUGAGCGAAGAAGAUUCGUUGUCAAAUGGGUCAACCCUGGCGCAGUCGGAGACCGGGGGAUCGCAAACACGGCUGGGGGAGAAGAGACGGUGGAGAUAUGAGUUGGAUUGGGAAACCCGCGCAGAGGAUGAAGAGCCUAUUUUGGUACAAAAGGUCGGUCUCUCGUCGCCAGGCAGUCGCUCCGAUCUACGUGCACGUGAAGCUGAACAUGACUCCUUACAGCAACCAACCUAUGCCCCGAUGUUCAAUGGCGACCAAACCGUGUUUCCACCAACGAUGACAAAACCCUCCAGCGCACAGGCAGGCUUCUUCAGGUCCAUGGCGAACUUGUCAGGAAUGCAGUCGGUUGUCCACCUUCCGUCGUCCGGGAGUGAUAGUCAAGGUGUUGAUCCGUUGGUUCGGGACUAUGAAAACCUCUUUCGCAUCUUCUACAACCAUGCCCCGGCCCUCAACAGUGUUAAUAUCGCUUCUGCCUAUACAGAGUGCAAGUCCCUGCUCGCUUUAGCAGACAUGUACGAUGCAUUACCGGUGACAGGUCCGCGUGUAGACCACCACCUCUUGGGAUUUGGAUCACGCCUCUUCAAGCAAAUCGCAAAGUAUCCACCCAGCUACCUUAAACUUGGGUACCUAGCUCGCAGCCGUGUCAUCUUCUCCGAGGCCUUGAUUCACGUUGUAGGCCAGUGGCCCUCAGCUGUUCCCAACCUACGGAACGGAUCAUACGCGCCCCUUCCAAACGCUGUCCUCGAUCUAAUCGAGGACAAAUACGAAGAUCUCGAGGAUCUGAAAGCCCGCGUAGAGUCCAAGCUCUUUCGCCUAUCCCUAACUACCUCACGCGGCGAGCGUGUCGGUCCCGCCAACGCCUACCUAGACUGGCUUGCAGUCUCAUUAUUCCGCCAAUGGCUGAUUGAGAACACCACUCCGCCACCAGCCCCUAUACUCAAGAAUUCAUCCAACAAUCCCCCGCCAAACGCGACAGCAUCGCAAACAACCUCAUCAAGACCAACUACCUCACCCGAUCCAGCAGCUCGGGUGUAUAGACUCAUUGGAUCACCCUCUUCCCAAGCAUACCUCCCUCAUGACGAACUGAAACGAUUCCUCAAACUCCACCCCACCCCUUCCUCCGACUCCCCCUAUAGCCGCGAGACUCUCAAACGCUUCGAACGCAAGAUGGACGAAAUCAAGCGUCUAGCCCGCGAGAUCGUCAAGCCGCUCAUGCGGAACUUCCUCGAGCUCGAAACGAAGAGUAGUGCCGAACGAGCCGCUAGCACGGUCACCGUUCUUGAAAGUCCAAGCCCAGGGUUGCCGUAUUUGACUUGUACACGCGUUGAAGAGGCUGACCUUCCCUGGGACUUAUCUGGCUAG